GCAGAUUGGGCUGGUGAUGUUCUCCGGUAACAUAAAAUACUUGUAAAUGUGGAUCUGCUUCUUCAGGAUUUCAUCACAAAAGAAAUACGAGCACUGGAUUUAUUAAGAAAGCAUUACAUUUUUAUUUGUAAACCUGGAAUUCACAAAAAUUCCCCUUUUUCUCUCUUAAUGUUGGGAUUGUUGGAUGGAUCAAGUCUUAAGGACUCAAAACUUUCUAUCUUAAAUAAAAAUUGUGCAGCCAUGUUAGAGGAAAAGAAGGACCAAGGUUCUCCAAAACAGAACAAACCAUCAAAGAUCAACAGCGGCAACACCUGUCACUCGACAUUGGGUAAAACCAAGUAUAUCUCAAACAGCGGCAACACCUUCAAACCUGCACACGGCUUUCCAUUGCCAUCGAAGCGUUACACCCCUUCUCCUGCACCAGGGCCCCAACAGAGCCCCCUUCUGGGUGGGCUCCCAGGGAGCUUUUUACUGAUCGGACAGCAAGCUGCAUGCUUGCGGCUGGCUCAGCUGAACGCCCACCUUACUUUGACACAGAUAAAUAAUGCUGUUGCUGUUGGUGGUCGAACCAACACACACGCCCCAUUUAUACCCACAACACCCCCCUGCCCGACAGCUGCAGCCAUCAGUCUACUAAACCUUCUGAAGGUUGCUAACACCAUGUCCCAUCCCUUAUAUAACCCCUAUGCCUCUGGGAAUCAAAGUUCAGCCCAGGGGCGCUAUGGACAAGCCAGUAUGCAGGCAGAGAGAGACUCUCAUAAGACAUCUCCUCAUCUUGGGCCUGGGUCCAGCUUUAGCUCUUCUGGAGUUUCAUCUGCGACUCCUGCAAAAUCUGGGGGAAUAAUGAGCUACAGGCCAGAAGGGAGUAAGACUUCAAUGGAAGAGGACAUAAAGAGGUCCAUAGACAUGCAUAUAAGCAGAGCCAGAGAGGAGGUGAGAAAUCAGCCUGUAAAAAAGAACAGUUGUUUUACCAGCACUCAAAGAGAUGAGUAUGAUUCUUCAGGCAAAGAUGUGACUUCCUACAUGUUGUCCUCAAACUCUCAAAGACCUCCUGAUGUUGCAAGUAGCACUAGCUCCAUGGACUGGUUGCCAAGAUACAAACGGGAAACUGAGGAUGAUUCGUCUAAAUACUGUUCAUCAUCUGCUUCAUUGAGCUAUCAAAGCACUGGCGACAGUAGGUUUAAUGCCUCGAAUGAAAGAGAGCACAAUGUGCAAUCCAUUCCAGGCUUAGGUGAUUAUGACUACCCAGUGCCAGACAAACCUGUGGGUUCUGCAGAGUCUACUCGUCCCAAGUACACUUCAGAAACAGCUGUGAACAUCCUUAUGCAGUUUGGACUUGAAAAAGAGGACCUGGAACAUCUGAUCUCAUAUCCCGAAGAUCAGAUGACUCCUGACAACCUGCCUUUUAUCUUACGACAAAUCCGCAUGGAAAAGGCAAAGAGAUCUGCAACAGCAGAUCCAUCAAAAUCCUACUAUGAUCCUCAUUCCACCACAAGUAUGAGUGGAAGGGAAAGGUUGAGUACUUCAAGAGGGGAAGGGAUGCGUCAGGAUGAAUUGUCACCUAUUGUCCAACCAAGUAAAGUGAUUGAUUAUGGACAUACUGGAAAAUAUACUGGGAGCUUUGGGGAUGAAAUUGGAAGAAGCAGCAGUGGAGCCAGUAGUGGUGGAAGUGGAGGUACGCUGCUGAUGGGCUCCUAUGAUAGUAGCGGUCACAGUCGAGAACCACUGCAAAAAAGUAUGACAGAGGUGAAAAACAGCACCUUGGUUUCUUCCCGUGAUCAAGGCAGCUCUUUUACCAGUCAUGGCUCAAUGCGAAGUAGUGGUCCAGCUCAACAACUGCCAACACAACCAAACCAGCCUUCUCAAGAAAUCUUCAAAGGUUUCUCUCUGCCAAAGACAGACACAGACAUAAGACCUCUUAAAGCAGAAGUCACUAAAACCCUUCCGUUGAAAAAUCCAGAGCCAGAUCGCCAUUCAGCAUCAAAAAGCCAACUAACUCCUAAUAUAGUUCGUAGUGUGCAUCCAAGUCGACCUGGCCUUGUACUCAUUGGCAGCAGCAGCAGCGACAGUCACAUCAAAGAAAAGAGUAAGACUCACGGGCAAGUAUCAAAUGUUUCUGAGCAGAUGAACAAACAGCAAAUCCAGCAGAAGCAGGUACAACAGCAACAGGUGAAACAGACAAUGCAACAACCACCACCAAAGCAGCAGAUGCAGCAACAGUUGAAGCAACAACAGUCAAAGCAGCAGCAGACACAAUACCCAGAAUGGAACGGUGAAAUUGCAUCACUGCUAGGUGCAUCAGGUGCCAAGCCCUCUCCCUCAACUUCUGCUGAGACUUCCCAGAAGAAAACCAGACACGAGAGUCGUUCCCGUUCCUGCAGCCCCCGGAGCCAUCGUGACUCGGAGCGUAGCAGGGACAGGCAAAGUAGCCGUUCCCGCUCUCGCAGCCCCCGCACUCAUCGUGACUCGGAGCGAAGAAGAAAUAGGCCAAGUAGCCGCUCUCGCAGCCCCCGCACUAAUUGUGACUUGGAGCGAAGAAGAGAUAGUCGAAGUUGCCGUUCCCGCUUCCGCUUCCGCUCCGGCAGCUCACGUCGCCGCCAUGAGUCGGAGCGUAGGAGGGACAGACGAAUUAGUCAUUCCCGUUCUCAAUCACGCAGCCCCCGAAGGCAGAGACACAGAAGCCGAUCACGAUCUCCCUACAGCUCCAGACGUCCCGGUCUCAUUCUGACUCCUCAUGGUAUGACCGUCCUUCCUCUUCACGAUAUCGAUCACGCUCAAGGAGCCGCAGUUGUGUGUUUCGAGAAACAGGAAGAUGCUGAGAAACUGAAGAGCUUAAAGAACUUUGACAUAAAAGAAGUAACUGUCAGUGUUGUUAAUGAAAAGGAAAUUGCAUCCAAGAAAACCACAAAAACUAAACUGGAAACUACAGCAAAAGUCUCGGUUUCCAAAGCGAAAAACAUCUCAGCUGAGCAAAAAGCUAAAACUGUAAAAACUGGUGAUAAGGCUGAAGAAGCAGCUUCAAGCCUCGAAAAAUCUAAGAGUAAAUCUACGAAGAGUCCCGAAAAGCAGCCUAACACCAGUGAUUUGAAAGGAAAACCUAAACCCAAAAGGUCUCAAACUAAAGAAGCUAAAGAAGCUGUGGUGGCGCCUAAAAAUACACCCAAUGCUAUGAAGGCUGUUGAACCAAUUAAAGGUGCUGCAGUUGAUGGUGAGCCAAAAGUCUUGACUUCCAAAGCAGAAACGGCCUCAUCGACGCAGAAAUCUAAAACAGCAGGAACUCUGAAAAAAGAAAAAGUGCAUCCUUCUAAAUCAACAACGUCAGAGGAUAAGCCUGAUGUAGAGACAAAACACAAGAAACCUGAAACAAAGAUUCAUGAAUCUGCGAUGGGGCCUAAAGGUGAAACACGAAAAGCAUCAGCUUCUGAAAGGGAGGACCACACAGAAGUUGAAACUUCUACUGACGGCAAAGAUAAUCAGACGUUACCAGCUAUAUCGAGUGAGAAUCAACUACCAACUAGUGCAGCUGAGACCAAGCCAAAUAUAUCGCCACCAAAACCCACUGAUCCACCUCAGAAACUACAAACUGUCAUCAAAAGUCCAGAAGAUUCACUCAAAGCUUCAGAACAGACCGAGCAGAGCUCAGAUUCUGCUCUACAAGAAGAAACACAACAGCAGACUGCAAGAAAAUCACCUGAGAUUUCUGUGGAGGCAAAGCAAAGAGUUGAAAGUGUAGAAACGGUUACAAAGGACAAAGUCUCUGUGACUGCAAAGAAGAUCUCAAAGGAUCAGCCGGUCGCUCCUACCCACCCAACAUUUGGGGAACGGAUACAAGAGCAACUGCGUCCAGAAAGAAUCCGUUGUCUCAAGACAGUCAGACUUCCCCAUAAAAAGGUAACAUUAAAAAAACACUUAAAUUAUACUGUAAGAAAAACAUGCUUUGUCAAAGUGGUUAAGUUUUGA